GCCUACAAGAGCGUGGGCAUCGUCGUCACUCAACAGCACGCUAACUACAUCGCAGUUUACGACCCUUCCAGUUUAAAACUUUUCGCCUUCCGUUCCUCAGCGUUGUUAUUUGGAAAUACUCACAGUGUCGUCGUCUGGGUUAGGGUGUCCCUGUUGAUCGUUGCGGCGAUCCGGGGCCUCUUUCAAAUCCCAGUGGCCGUAUACAUAGAUGACUACCGUAGUUUUGUUUAA